AGGCCGUAUAUCAUACCUGUGGGAGUUACCUGGCUUAACUGUCGUCAUUCGGGAACAUUAGUUGACGGAGAAGGUUGUUCGGGUCGUGGUGUGGAGAUAUAGCGAUAUUUCGUAUUAAACAGGUGCUCGUUUAGAAUCAGUUAUCAUGGGAUCGUGUGCUACUGGCUUGAUUGUUCUGGCGACAAUUCUAGGACCAAUAACAUUAAUAUUUCUAGCAGUUUCAUUUGGUACGGACAAUUGGCUGAUCUACAAUGUAGACAGCACUAAACUGACAGCAGCCGAAAAAACAGAUCGAAACACGGAUCAAGCCAAAGCUAGAUAUUACCAUACGAGAGCGCGAGGCCUGUUUAGAGAGUGUUACCCGGGAAAUGACACGCAAUUUUUGGAUGCCGCACAGAAUAAAGUAGAUGGAUAUUGUUUUAACGUUGUAUAUGAAUUACCAGAAAAUACUGCCAUUUCUGCAUCUGAAAAUUAUAUAGCUAGAAUUCAUUUAAUGAGAUCCUUCCUAGCCUUCUAUAUUAUCGCCCUGGUAUUUUUCAUCCUAGCCUAUAUAUUUGGUCUUGUGUUAUGCUGCUGGAGAGUUUCCAGAUGGGCGUAUACCGCGGGUUUGUGUGCUUACAUUGCUGCAUUCAGUACUGCUGCAGCCAUCGCCUUCUUCCAUGGUGCUGAAUAUCUCGAGAGAAAUAAAAUUGAAGGACGAGAUGAAUUUUACCAGUCUUGGUCUAGUACAUUGAAAGAUGCUACCAAGAGAUCUUAUGGAUGGUCGUAUGCUCUAGGAUGGGUUGGUAUGAUCCUUGCCGCUUUUACCGCCACCUUCUAUUCCCUAGCCGGAUGUUACAUCACAAGUGACCGUUAUGAAGACUCUCGGGAAAUCAUGGAGAAACGCAGUCACUAUGGUCGGGAUUAUCCCAUGCCAAUGCACGAGCCAGUAUAUGCUGUCGAAGAUCCCUACUACAAUCAAAAGGGUUAUUAUGGUUAUCCACGUGGUGGCGGUUAUGUUGGACCCUAUGUUUAUGAACGACCCGUCCCUGCUGUAGCUUACCCUAGCGGCCAUGACUGGCAAUUUCGAGAAGUCUAAUUCAGGGCCGCUGUUAUUUUAGACUUAAUAUUUGAAAUCAAAAUACAUAGAUUGGAGAAUUUGUAAUAUAUAAUUAUGGAUGAGAUCUAAUUACACCGACUCAUAACUAACACAUCAAACGAAGCCAAAUUGGUCAUGGGAUAUAUAAUAACAUACACAAAUCAACAUGGAAAUAAUUUAAAAUUCAUGUGUAUACAUUAGAUUGUUGACAGUAUGUUAAUUUAAAAGAUUCAUCGUUAUGAAGCAAGCAAUAUUUAUAUCUGUUUAAUGUCCAUAUUUAGUUUCCCCGAAGCCUGUUGCCUCUCUUUAAAACUUUGAUUCAUCGUCACUCAUAUCGCUUUUUGUGCAUACAAUUAGUAAUUGUCUACUUGUUUUUCUUGGGACAGUGCUCUGCAAAAAAAAUCCAUAGGCUCCGCCAAUACCAGUACGAUCAACAUGACACUUGGUGUUCUAGUUAUGUGGAUAAUUGCGCAUCGAUUAAGUGACGCAAUGCUGGAAAUGACGUCACAAUUCCAAUUCCAUAAUGGCUGUAAUGAUGCCUUGUUCAAUUCCUUGAUUCAUAUAAUACUUCCUAUACCUAUUGGUUAUUGUGAAAUAAGAAAAACCUAAUGCUGUAAUAUUUUGAUGGCCUUAUCAGUAGCACAAAGAUCAGUAUUUUUAUAUUAGUGUACCUAAAUAAACAAAACAAGGAAGAUGUGACGGGUUUCGGUAAAUGGACAAAUAUGGCGUCUUAAUAACGUCAACAUAUUGAAAGAUAGGGUACAUUUGUUUUAACUUUUAAAUAUCAUGUAAAUAAUAAUAUAGUUCUAUAUAUAGUUUUGUCGGAAGUUCGAUUUCUCUCAAAUCAAGUUUAAUCGUUUCUUCCAUCCAGUUGGUCAAUAAGGUUUUACAAACCGCUAUACAAUAAAUCAAAGGGACGCAACUGCAGUGUGUUUGUUAUGCUAACAGUUUAAGCUCUGGUGUGUUUUUUUUUAAGACAUAAAUUCAAGAAUACUGUUCAUUCAUUUCUCUGUAAAAUGUCACGUAUUGCAAACAAACGAUUUUUUGUUAGCUAACCAAGUUUAGAAUUAGAGUUUUAUUACUUUAUAUUUGAGAGAUUUUGAGGGUUGUAGCUGACCAUGGGUUGGGACCCAUAAUAAUAAUGUUUUACUUCCUGCAUUGUCUACCCGUGGUCGGUUUCAAUAAAUUAAUGACCACACUGCUGGUUUAAACAAUUUGUUAUUUUAUUUUAUAUCUCCACAUUUUAGAUUUAAAUUUUACGCGAUGUGUUGACAUUAAAAUUGCGUUAAACAAUGUUUUAUUUCGCAUACAACACGAGCAUACUGAAAUAAUGGAUUUGAACAUACGUCGUUACUCAUAUAAAUUCAUCUCCAUCAUAUUGUUUUAUGUACUAUACUAGUUACUUUCUCUAUAUUAGUUAUACCUAUAUUUAUAAAUAUGUAUAUUACAAGAUUUAUUAUAUUUUAUAACCCUUCCCCCUACCCCAACCCUCCACUUCCCCGCACAAUCUUACAACAUUCUCGUAAAGAAUUGUAUAUACUAUGCUAACCUAAUAGAUUUAUUUUAUCAUUUAUAUCCUUUAGAAUAGUUAUUCAUGUUAGUACAGUCGAAUCAUUCAAAUUUUCAAAUAUUCGCAAAUACACAUGUAUUUCGAAGUCUUCUAUAUAAUAUAUUAUCCAUUCGUGUUUCAAUUUCGUAUUCUAAUAUGAACAAUUCGUAUUCUAAUAUGAACACUUCGUAUUAAUAUGAACACUUCGUAUUAAUGUGAACACUUCGUAUUCUAAUAUGAACAAUUCGCAUUCUAAUAUGAAAAAUCGGCAUUUUUUAAAUGUUACUAUGUUUCCACUUUAUAGAUUGUCUAUUUUUAUCAUUUUGUUGUUAAAUUUUAGAAAUUAUCCGCGAAUAUUUUAUUUAUACUGCUGGAGUUACUCCCCUUCUUGUAGAUGUCUUCCCAAGACAGCAGUCAAAAGACAUAAUAAUGUUCAUUGGUGAAUAAUUGUAAUUCAGUGUCACACGUGGAGUUACUUCCCUUAUUUAGAAGUCAAAAAACAUAAUAACGUCCAUAAAGUAAUAAUAUAACAUUGUAAUUAAUGGUCACACGUGUAGUUAUACAUAUAUAUAUAUAUAUAUAUUUACUUUUACGUCUUAUUAUUUUAAAUAAAGAUGUUGUAUAAUUUA